CCAUCUCUCUCUCUCUCAUUCUCUCUCAAGCAGCCAUUUGAGAAAUUCUCAACUCGUUUUGCCCUCUUCCUGGAAACUAUUCCGUCCAAAAUUCACAAUAUUAUCUCUCAAUUCCGUCCCAACUCGUUCAUUCCUGGUUAAACUUGCCUCUCUCUUCCCUCCCACAAACAAAAAGAGGGGGACCCGGACGUCCUUCACUCAACCAUCAUCAUCUAUCUCGAUUCACGAAUCUUUGCAACAUCCGUUUUGUGCCCAAAUCUGUCUGUAACGACAUGAACGACCUCUUAUCCGGCUCCUUCGCUCGCUCCAGCGACGACCGCGACUUCCACACCAUCGAGCUGACCGGCGGCGGCGGCGGCGCCGGGGUCAACCUCGACAAGUUCUUCGAGGAUGCCGAGUCGAUCAAGGACGAGCUCAAGGAGCUGGAGGCCAUCCACAAGAGGCUCCAGUCCUCUCACGAGCAGAGCAAGACGCUGCACAACGCGAGGGCCGUGAAGGACCUGAGGGCCCGCAUGGACUCCGACGUGGCCACGGCCCUGAAGAAGGCGAAGCUGGUGAAGGUCAGGCUCGAGGCCCUCGAGCGGGCCAACGCCUCAAACCGGAGCCUCCCCGGCUGCGGGCCGGGGUCGUCGUCGGACCGGACGAGGACGUCGGUGGUGAACGGGCUGAGAAAGAAGUUGAAGGACAACAUGGAGGGGUUCAACAAGCUGCGGGAGAAGAUAUCGUCAGAGUACAAGGAGACGGUGCAGCGGAGGUAUUACACGGUGACCGGAGAGAACCCAGACGAGAGGACGGUGGACCUUCUGAUUUCUACGGGCGAGAGCGAGACAUUCUUGCAGAAAGCGAUCCAGCAACAAGGCCGGGGCAUGGUCCUCGACACCAUCCAAGAGAUCCAGGAGAGGCACGACGCGGUGAAGGACAUGGAGAGGAACCUCAAGGAGCUGCACCAGGUGUUCCUGGACAUGGCCGUCCUGGUCCAGUCCCAGGGCGAGCAGCUGGACGACAUCGAGAGCCAGGUCGCGAGGGCCAACUCGCUCGUGCACCAGGGGACCGGGCAGCUCCAGCAGGCGCGGUGGUACCAGAAGAACUCCCGCAAGUGGACUUGCUACGGCAUAACCCUCGUGCUGCUCAUCGUCCUGCUGAUCGUGCUCUUCAUCGUGAAGCCUUGGAAUUAGUAGCGGCGCCCCGACACGGCCGCGAGGGCCACGGCGUUUGGCGCUUUCUUCAGAGUCUUGUUUCGAUCGUUCCUAGCGUGGAGACAUGUGGAAAAAGCGUGGACGUUGCUUUUGGUUUUGAUCAUAGUAAUUCUUUAUGUAUUCUUGCUAGAUCUGUGUUACAUAAGGUGGUGACUGGCGAGCUUUGUCUUCUAUAAAAUUGUCACAAGAUGCACAUAUUGCACUAUUAACAUUUGCCUGCCUAAGAAAAGAGAGGCCAUAGUAUA